UGAGGUCAGAGUGCAGCACCGUCCCUUAUGGUGAGGUAACAGAGGCUUCAUCUCAUCUCUGCGUGAGAGCGCGCAGCAGGGGUUAAAAGACACCGUGUUUGCAGCAGCUAUACCCCCGCUCCUCGUGCGACCUCGGAGCUGUCCACCGCCUUCUGCCUCCCAGGCUCAUUGUUUGCUCAGCCAAUACAUUAGCGGCGACGCGCGUCACCUUGAUCGACGAGCGCUCGGAAUUUAAAUAGCCCCUCAAACACCAAUCUGUCACCGGCUGAGAGGAUAAGGACAAGUGCCUCAGUGGCUGACCCGUGCCCACGUGACAGCACCCGUUCAUUGAUACCUACCCCCCACUUUCCCCUCCACUGAUUAGGACAGAGCUAUAGGUAAAGGUUGGCACGGUCACUCAGGGUGAGUUCAGUGUCCGUGGAGAGGACGGGUAUCCGGGUUCCUGGACCACGAUGCUACAAUGAGCAGCUUCUUAGACUACUCGGUGAUGAGCGCUGAUGGUGGCUCGUGUUCGAUCAGGGCUUUCCACUCAGACCACGGGAUUACAGCUUUCCAGUCCUGCGGGGCUGCCAUCAACAGCUGCGGGGCGGAUGAGCACUUUAUGGCAAACAGAACUUCUCCUGACAGCAUCCCUCACCAGCCGGGGUCAUAUCAGUCCACGGUGUACGGAGCCCAUCCGGCCUGCAGCUCAAACUAUGGGCCCCAAAGUUUCUGCGCCACCUACAACCAUUACACUCUCAACCAGGAAGUUGACUCUGUUGCAUUCCCUCAGUGCAGCCCGCUGAUGUUCUCAGGGAAUAUAUCCUCCUCCGUGGUGUCUCAGCAUCGCCAUGGUUACAGCACCACCCCACUGAGUCAGCUGCAGUACACGCACGCUGCUUAUGGAGGCGGGCACGACCAAGCACCCUCUUAUUCUGGUGGCCCUAACCAGCUGUCACCUCUUCAUGCAGCWCACCUGGAGGCUUGCUGCUCGCCUCUGUCUGAGAGCGCAUCGUCCGCUCAGACUUUCGACUGGAUGAAGGUGAAAAGGAAUCCACCGAAAACAGGACGUUCUGGUGAAUACGGCUAUGCUGGCCAGCCGAACACCGUCCGGACCAACUUCACCACCAAGCAGCUGACAGAGUUAGAGAARGAGUUYCACUUCAACAAGUAUCUGACMCGCGCGCGCCGCGUGGAGAUAGCUGCCGCGCUGCAGCUGAAUGAAACUCAGGUGAAAAUCUGGUUCCAGAACCGGAGGAUGAAGCAGAAGAAGCGCGAGAAAGAGGGGCUACUUCCAGCCAAAACUUCACCCUCGGACCCGGAGGAGAUUGUUCAGGAGAAAAUGGACGAUGCAGCAUCUGAGAGGUCCAUCUCAGCCCCAUCGACUCCUUCUCCUUCGUCCUCCACGGUGUCUUCCACGGGUACUGAUAGUUUCACCUCUAACUGAGGACCGGCUGUCUGUUUGCCACUCUGGGCCACGUAUAAACAUGCAUAUGUCAAAGUUCAACCAUCAAAACCAAACUCUUUGUUAAUGGCAUUUGUGUGGACAUUUAUGUAAAAAUAAAUUAUUUGGCAACUCUUGACUACAAUGUGGACCACUCUCGGGCGUUAGAUUAGUUUUUAUUUAUGUAACUUGUCUGCAAGACCCUUAACACUGUUGUUCACGCAGUCAAGGUUUGUGAUGAGUAACAUUUGCUUUUGAUAUGUGUGGUCAAAUUUGCAAAAAUGUUCGUUUUAUGCAUAGAGUGAGAGCCAAUGAUUAUUGCUGCUUAAUGCAAAGUUACAACCUAAAAACGAAAAUAUCUCAAAUGUGCCAAAGUUUGAAAGCGCAGGAUGCUGUCAAUGGAGCAUCAUGCAAUCAAUAUUACCUCAUAUAUUUAAGUAUAUUUCCAGCGAAUCACUUUAACCUUUGUGUUUAUAGGUCUCCAUGUGUCUCGACUGUUUGAAUGUACCUCAUGAAAUUUGCUUGCCUCCAAGUAUCUGCUGAGGAACGCUGAGUUUUAUCAGUUGCGGGAAUUCAAGGGUUUGUGAGGCUUUUAUCUGUUAUUUAUUCAAAUGGAGCAAUUGUUUUGCCCAGGGAGACGUUUACGGGUCAAUCAUGCGUAUUAAAGUACGUUUAUCUAUAAA